AUGUGGGGCCCGAGCCCUCCAAGGAAGGUCUAUCCCGUGCUGCUGGAUUUGAUCGCCGCGGCCGGGCGCACCGGACACGACGCGGAUCUCUUAGAACAUGCCAAGGAAUGUUUGACGUACUUGUUGAAAUACCGGGCUCGCUAUGUCAUCAACGAGUUGCCGAAAUACCUCAAGCAGUACACCAUGCUGCUGAAACAUCGCAAGAUCACAAUCCGGCACUUCGCGGCCGAGAGUUUGGCCCUGGUCUUCCGCCGCAUCCCGAGCUCCGGGAUGUCCCAGGCGGUGGCAGAGGUCUUCGACCUCCUGGUGGAUUCCAAGGUCCGCGACGACCAGGACUUGGCCGAUGGUGUCAGCAUUUUGUUGGCCAAGACAGUGAAAGGUGUGCAGAGGCAGUUCCGCAACAAGACCAAGGCGGUGCUGAAGCCUCUCUUCAAGGCUGCCCGCGGCGCCGGCGCCGCGCGUCUCCGGGCCGUCCGCAUGUCGGUGCUGCGCAUGCGGAACCACGCCAAAACCUUGGAUGACGCAGCGGAUGUGGUGGAGGCGAUGAUGACACACUUCAGGGCUGCCUGCACCAGGUAUGCGGAUGCAGCCCGUGGCGUGGAUCCGGACAGAAAUGGGAGAAGGGACCGAAGGGAAGAGGAGUCCAGCGAAAGUGAUGAAGAGCCUUGCAGCCAGGAGGAUCUCGCACGGGAGGUGCUGUUCUAUCUGGAUUUGGCCAUCUCCUGGGUCUAUGCCAAGCCGCGCCCCAAGGAUUGCCAUGGCGAGAGCUGGCAGGCCUUUGUGGCCGUCCUGCUGGAGUGCUUCUGUCAGCUCUUGCGCGCAGGAAAUUUGAAUGUGGAGGUAAGCGGCCCUACUUUUCCACCAGAAGCCAUGAAGGUCUCGGAGACCACCAAAAGGGCCUUCCUGCUGCUGUGGCGAGCGAUGCCUUCUAUUGUGGCACCACUCUGCACCGAGCCAGUGGCCCAUCUUCUGGCGCCGGACCCCGCGGCGCCCGAGGCGCUCAGCGUGGCGGCGGCGGCGCUGCUGCCGCCGCUGCGGCAGCUCGAGGAGACGCCGCUGCGAGGGCGGCUCAGUGCGGCCACGCAGUUUGCUUUCAGCGAGGGACAGGACUUGGAGCGCCUGAAGAGCGAACGCUGUACCUGCGCGGCGCAACUGCACAGCUGGGCGGCUGACGCGGACGUUGCCAACAUUUUGCUGCAGACAUUGGAAGCCAUGAGCCCCAGCAUGGAUGCAGCAGCUCUCUCGGGUGCCAUGGCGUGUGCAGGUGCCUUGCUGCGUAGCUCUACGUCGGAUCCCUGCCGGCUGGCGCGGCUGUUGCCCAAGGUGCCCCUGGGCGAGCGGCGCAAGGCCAUGCUGCUGGCGCGGCUCUAUGAGUGCGUGGCAUCCGCCCAGAAACAGGCACCUGCGGCGGCUCCACCCGGCGACAGCUGGCCCAGUUGGAGCCACGCAGCCGGCGCCUGGGACGCCUGGGCGAUCGCCUGGGCCCAGGCCGAAGCGGUGCCGGGGCCGCUCUUCGUGGCGCUGAGCCAUGCGCUGAGCGGCGCCAGGGACGGCUCAGCCAUCCUCCUGAUGCCGCACUGCUGGAAAGCUGCCCAGUCGAGUCAUGCGCAGCUACGCUUAGCCGCGCUCCGGGUGGCCAUGCUCAUGCCAAAGUCGGCCUUAGCCAAGCGAGUGAGACGACCAGGAGAUCCCAGUGAAUUGGAAGAUGUGGAGGUCCCAGAGGAUUCAGAGCUGCAGUUGCUUGAGCAAUGUGUGCAACUGGAGACCAUCCCGGCGGAUUUCCCCAACGAGCGCGGCCGCGCGGAGGCGCUGCGGCGCCUGGGAAGGCAGCUCUCUGGGCGCUCCUGGGCCUCGCAGCUGGCCACGCAGAUCGUGGCCAGUCAGUUCUCCGUGCGCCUCUCCACCCUGUGGCCGCCCACCAUGGAGGCCCUGCUCCAGGCCGGCACUGCCAAGCGGCUUGGCACUUCCGCGACAGCGGAGCCAGCGGAGGCGAAGCGGAAGAAGAGACGUCUCAGCAAGACCAAAUCGGUGGAAGUCGCAGAUGCAGAAGCUGCAGCUGCAAGCGAUGAUGUAGAGCCCAAGGAGAAAUUGGAAGAAGCCUUCAAACUUUUAGAUGAGGUGGAGGAGGUGGACUUGUCCCCGUUUCUGCUUCCGCCCAAGCUGCCGGAGCUCCCGGAUCCUUGGUGGUGGAGCGAGACCAUUUGGUCUGUGGCGACUGAGAUGAUCCUGGCGCAGGAACUGCGGGCGGCCAACAGCCAGGAGGGAACGGCUCCCACGGCGCAGAGGAGAAAACAUUUGGAUCCCUUAGAGGUGGAGGCAUGGGCGACGGAACUUUGGAAGAAGGAUGCCUGGAUGUCUGCUUUAGAUGAGGUCUGGAAAGGCGAAGGUGAAUGGGAGACUGGCAGCGUCGCCGCCUCCACCAUGCAUGCAAAAGCUUGGGAUUUGGCGACCAAACUCUUGCAGCGCUAUUGGAGCCAGGCAAGCCACUGCCCGCCCUGGCAGGUGCAGCUGAAGAGGCAUCACCAGGACUGGCUCAUGGCCAAGCUGCUACAUCACAUGUGCAGGCGUUACGAGGAGGGUCUUGGGGGCAAGAAGACCUAUGUCCCGAUGGUCCAUGCCUUGCAAUCGGUUGCAGAGAUACCCAAUGUGGAGCACUGCGCCAAGCCCUUGGUGAAGCUUUGCAUUCAUGGCUGUCUUCACUGGUUGAUGCUGGAAGAUAGCAAACUGCAACAGCUGGCCAUCUCAGUGCUAUCCAAGUGCAAGACGUCCUUUCCAUUCAUCUCCAGAUGCCAGGAGCCCUUGAAACGCCUUUGCGACGACGCCAGCUUCAGCACUGAGAUCCUCUCCCUGUCCUCCAAAGAGGUGACGGCGGAUCUGACGGCACGUGCGGAGCAGGGGAACCUGCUGUUUGAGAACAAGGACCAGCUGAUGCCUCUGGUGCUUCGGAUUUUGUUUUCCAAGGCCACCCGUAAGGGCAAGCAGUUGGACAAGCGCAGCAGCCAAUCCUCGCGCCGCAGCUCAGUCUUCGCCUAUUUGUCUGGCCUGGCCGAGGGCUCGACCGCACUGGCGGAGCUGUUUCUGGUGAUCCUGGGCUUCGUGAUGAUGGUUUGCUCCACCGACGACCUGGGGUCCCGCGUCAAAUCCAACCUCCGGCGAACGGGGCUGCUGCGGCAAGCCUUCACACAGGACCUCUCGAAGCCGGCAGUGUGGUGGAGCAAGUGCAGUCGAAGCGGUGCCACCCGCUGGGGUCGAAAAGACGGGGAACUUCCCAUUGGUUGGGUCUUCCCAUCCUCGACCGCUUCGGAAGCUUCACCGGCCUCAUGGGUGCUGCUUGAUGCGGAAGCGUCACCGCAACGCCUGCUGGGCGUGCUACAAAGCUUGGAGGAGGUGAUUCCACACAUGGCGAGCAAGUUGAUGGACAGCGCCUGGCCAGUGCGUUUGAUGCAGCUUGCCUGCAGCAUCUUGGAACGCGCUGGGCGCGUCACGCGGGCCAUGGAACGACACGAGCAGAUGCACAUCACCAGGCAAUGCCUGCGCUCUGCGAUCCUACGCUGCAAGGAGCUCCUGGAACAUUUCCCCGAGCAGCUCACUGCGCUGCUGGACGCCUUGAGCCCAGCGGCCGGCACCGUGACGUACCUCUUCCAGCGCUUGGCCGAGACCAGCGGCGCGGUGCAGACCUCCGCGGUGCUGCUGCUGGCGCGAAGCUGGGCCUCGGAGUCGCAGCUCUUUCGCUGCUUCGAGGCCUUUCCGGUCUUGCCAUGGAUCUUCCGAAUUCCUGCGGCCAACGCUGUGCGCGCCAUGAUCGCUGACACCGGACGAACGGGCAAUGUGGUACCCAUCGUAGCAGAAAUUGCGUUGCGCUUGUGCAGAGGGUCCUUCCUGGAAACCGCACGCAAGGCACGGCGCCAGUUCCGCGACGUGAAGCGUCAGCUGCGCAAGCGCCAGCGCGAAGGUGAGGAAAGCGACAGCGAGGAAGAGGUGAUGCCGGACAGACAGGCGCAGGACGCCGCAGUCCAGCACGGUAUCUCCAUCCUCCGGCCCCACGUGGACGUUUUGCUCUCCAGUCUCACAGAGCUAGUGCAGCAACGCCUGCGACUGAAGGGGGCCAAGGGCAAGCGCGUUCACGUGGCCACCCCCACGGAGCUGUCCGUCAUGGCAGAGGUGUCGGAGUGGUGUAGCGAUCCGAAGGUGGCACAACAGCUGCUGCAACUGCUGGUGACGGUGCUGGCCAAUAACAAGAAAGGUAUCUCUUCGGACAGCCAGCAGCUGGUGACCACCUGCAUCCGACGCUUGGUCUUCGUGGCGCUGCCCGGGGCGCUGGCACCAGAGGGCGAUGGUACCAGGAGGGGCCGAGGGGCCCGGUGUGGUCCCUGUUGCAAAUCUCAGGCCACCUUCGUCUCUGAUGCCGUGGCCAGGCUCUUGAGUCACGUGAAGGAUGUGGCGGUGCGAGCGCAGGUGGCAGACUUGUUGGUGGAAGUGGAAGCCAUCAAAAUUUACGACUUGGACAAAGACGCCCUGGAGGCGUACCUGAAGGACUCUCAUGACUGGCAGCCACCACCUGGUGAGAACUUCACUGCUUUACACGUGGCCCACUUGCUGAGUGGCCUCAACAAGCUGAAGCGGUCCGGUCUCCGCGAGCCUGAUGUUGAUUCCCAUGUGGACAUUCUCCAGGUGCUAGCCGACAGCUAUUUGGUAAACCAGGUGAUUCCAGCCAAGUUGCUGACCCCCUUGUUGCAGCACUGCCUGUUUCUCCUAAGCUGCGAAGGGGUGGAUCUGGGGGUACAGCGGGGGUCGGAGCGAGUGCUGUGCUGUUUCGCAGAUCGGCUGCAUGCGCAAGUCGCGGAGGAUUCUGCUGAUCGUCAGGAGCUGCUACACCAAACCUUCACCAUCACCAUCCAGGCGCUUCGUCGCAUGCUGAAGGCCCCCACAGAGGAGGUCUUCCGCACCGCCUUGCGGGUGCUGGCGCACUACUUGGCCGCCAAAGGAAGAAACGCCGCGGCAGUCUUUGGAUCCUCCCCGGAAGCGCUGCUGCACCAGGAUUUGUUGCCCCUACUGGCUUCGGUGAAGGGGGAUGAGGGAGGCGAUUUGUUUGCCAAUCUGCUUCACCUCCAAAAGCAUCGCAGGGGCCGUGGACUCUUAGCCCUCAGCAGGUUGGCGGAAUCCGGAUCUUUGACCUCCACGACCCUGACGCACUUCGUGUUGCCGCUGGCGUUGCAAGCGAUCCUUCAAUACGGAGCCUCUGCCGCUGCCUUUGAUCCCAACUAUGCCGAAACUGGGGUGAAAUGCCUUGGCGAAUGCAUGCGGGGAGUCUCCUGGUCCACCUGCUUGCAAACAGUGCGGCAGAUGGCCUUCCUUCUCUCCAAGUAUGACAAUCGUGAACGUUGGAUCGUGCGCGGCGCCUGUGAAUGCCUCCAGCGCUUUCCCUUGCCGCCCCAGGAGCUCCCGAGCCCGGAGCUGCUGGAAGGUUUCGGGGGAAUGAAGCUACCUGAGGUCUUGGAUGCCUUUCCAGAGAAGAGCCGCAAGGGAAAGGGGCGGAAAGGAAAGGGCAAAGGAAAGGGGAAGGGAAAAGGACGGAGCAAAGGGAAGGGCAAAGGAAAAGGCCGCAAGUGGAAGGGAAAGGGUAAAAGAGCCAGAAGCGAAGGGCGAGACAACUUUGAAAAGGAGGCGGCAGAUUUAGACUCCGAGGCCGAAGACAAAGCAGAUGAGAAAGAGGAAAAGGAAGACAAAGAGGACAAGGUGGAGCCCAUAGACCUUGAAGAGCCGGAGCCGGAGGAGGAAAACAACGAGCCUCCCAUGGAGAGCGUGCCGGAAACGGCCAACAGUGUGGUGAAAUCGCUGCGCAGCACAGUGCUUCCCAUCUUGCGAAAGAUGUGGCAAGACAAGGGGAGCAGCAAGUCUGGCAAGGGCGCCGAAGGAAAGGGAAGCACACAGAAAUCCACGGUUCGAAUUGCUGUGAUCAGUGUAAUGAUGCACUGCUUGAAACAUCUCCCCGCAGACGAUUUUGCAUCGGAGCUCCCACGGAUUCUGGGUUAUGUGGUGGUUGGCCUGAAGGAUCGCGAUUCCGAAAGCCGCCGUGCCUCCAGGCAGGCGCUGCAAAGCGUCAGCCUCUCCCUGGGCCCCGCCUGGUUGCCGUGGAUCAUCCGCGAGCUGCGCAGCCGCCUGAACCGGGGCUUCAUGGUCCCCGUGCGCGGCGCCGCCGUGCUGUCAGCCUUACAGGCCUUGACCGGCGACAACAGCUUGAAGAGUGGUGAUUUGGACUCCUCCCUCCAGGAGCUCUUGACGGAAUCCAUGGAGGAGUUGGAGCGGCAGAUGGCCUCCAAGGAGGCCGAGACAGGUGAGGAUACCUCGAUGUUGCGGCCGGGCCAAGUUCCAGAAGCUAAGAAGCCCAAGGGUCCAGAUUUCAUGCUGUUGGCCGGGCAGUUCGCAACGGCGCCAAAAGUCUUGGAACUGAUCUGGGCCUUGGAUCGGAAACUCACCGGUGAAAGCCUCCAAGCGGAUCAAAGCGAUAUGCUGCCGAGGGGUAUGGUCUUCUUGCGCAAGGUUGAAGAGUUGAUGACCCGCGCAUUGUCAGGGCUGUGUCUGAACUCCAGUUUCGGAUUUCCUGAACAGGUGUCGGCCUGUUCUGAGCUCUUGAAGGUGGUGCAAGAUCUACUUUCGGGCAAACAUCAGAAGCGCAGUUCCGGCAAAGAGGUUCCGGCUUUGAAACUGGGAUGGGAGGAUGUGCCACACCAACAUGUGAACGUCUUUUUGGAGCAUAAGCUGGUGCCCGCGGCCAAGGGACUGGCGGUGGCCAAACAUCGCCUGCAGGCGUUCCAGGUUCAGGAAGGGGCGGCCACGGGUCGUUCCGGAAGGGCCAGCGGACGCCAAGGUGUGGAUGAUUCGGCCCGCGCAGGGGCCCUUGGCGUUCUGGGCCUGCGGCUGCUGCGGCAUACCUUGCAAGGGAGCAAGAAGCAGGACGGUGAUGGUGGUGGUGGCAAUGCCUUGGAGGAGGUGGUUCCAGCAGUGGUGACCUGCUUCUCUUCGCGUCAAGAUCGACUAUUUGUGGCCUCGGCGAAGUGUUUAGGCCUGCUGCGCGGCUACUUCGACAGCCGGCCGGAAGUAUUGGGCCAAUAUGGCGCCAGCAUCGCUCACACCGUUCUGAAGACCUUCGAGAUCACAGCGAGCGCCCCCAGGCUGUCGCAACACUUGAGGGCCAAGGCCAAGACGCAUGGCGUCUCGGCGCUGUGCCAAUCCCUCGGUCUUGCGGGGGUGGGUGCCGAAGCCAUGUUAGCCACCAGCACCCGUCUGCUGGCGGCGCUGCUGAACCAUCGCACCUCUGCGGAGUGGUUCCGCGCCUUUGGGGACGAAGAGGCGGCGCCGCAGCAGCUGAAGGUCGUGAAGGAGGAGAAAGAGAAAGAAGUGAAGGGCCGCUCCAAGGCAAAGAAGGAAGAGUUGCGACAGGCCCUGCAGAAGAGCACCGUCUUCGAUGCCUUGGUGGGGCACAUCCAAAAUGCCUUGGACACGCCGUCGUUGCAGGCCGCGGCGCUGCAGCUCUUGAGGCGAGUGCUGCUGCGGAACCAGGUGUUGACGGCGGCGGUGUACCAGUGUAUUGAGCCACGGCAGCCACGGCCGUCGUUUCAAAAGCGCGGGAGGGACACCAUCGGCGAGAUUAUGAUCACCGGGUCGGACAAACGAACUUCACAGCAGUGCGCCCAAAUCUUUGUGGAUUUCAUGUUGGAUUAUCCACAUGAACAAAAGGCUCUUCAACAUCGCAUGAACCAUUUGCUGAAGAAUUUGGGCUAUGCUGAGGAGGGCGGUCGGCGAGUGGUGCUGCACUUCCCGGAAGCUCAGCUCAGCAGCUGGUCCUCGUUGAUCUUCGCCGCGGCCGCCGCGCGGCUCAGUGCCGAGACGGACGCCACGGCACACCAGCACCGUGGCCGAUGA